AUGUUGGCGCGCACUCGACUCCUGCUCACCUUACUGCUCCUGAUCGUCGCAACAGUACGUUCCUAUGAUACUGAUUGUAAAUGGAAGAGUAACGUGACAGACAUCUCCGACGUUGCUCACCACAAAUAUCAGGUUCUCGAAGAAUGUCUCUUCUACAAGCUUACGAAAGAUGCAGAUCAAAUGCAAGGCAAGAGCAACGCGCUCAUGCUGCUACCUCCAACUGUCGCUGCAGGUGAAAUACUGGAUGUACAGGUUCUCCACGCUGGUGUGAGACAAAUGUGGAUGAACGAGGUCUUCAAGGAAAUGAACAUCAACGGAUACCUGAAGCUGUCAUGGAAAGAUCGUCGCCUUCGCUGGGACCCUUCCGAAUGGAAAACCGACACGCUGACCAUCAAGUCAUUUGGACGUCUGUGGGUGCCAGAUAUUAACUCAGAUAAGCACCAAACUGGACAGCAAUCCUCGGACUACGUCACAUUUCAAUCUCUGAGCACAAACAACAAUGGUAAUGUUACCGGCCGACUUGAGUUCCGGAUCCAAGCCCAUUGCGAGAUUGACUAUACGGAGUACCCAAGCGACAUUAAACACUGUUGUUUCAAUCUCCAGUCGACUCUCUACAAGCGGUAUAUUAAAUUCUACUUGGAGAACGAAGACGAACACCUGGAUAUCUCGCAGCUGAAGACGAACUGGCAUAUUGAGAACUCAUGGGUGAAGAAGAGUACACAGGAAGGAGACAACAAGGCCGAUUCGCUGGAGGUCUGUGUGACGGCAAGACGUAGAUCGACAACCUUAGCCGUUGAACUCACUCUGCCCGUUUUAAUAUCAGCACUUUUGCUCCUAAUCGCCCCUUUCUUUGGAAAAUUUGACCAACAGAUCAAGGUAAAAAUGUUCGCUCUAUUGCUGCAAUUUAUGAGCUUCCAAUUCAUGGCUGACAAAACGCCUCAGCUGGGAUUCGGAUCAACAGUGCCGAAAAUUUAUGUUUUCUAUGCGUUCACACUAGCUGUGACGGUAAUCAGCUUGAUCGUCACUGUGUUGAUUGCUGCAAUGAGUCGAAUCAAACGCAAAGUACCUCCAGCACAUCGCUUUACGCUGCUCGCCUCAGUCCUCAACGCCAAUCUUUGUUGUGGGUCUGAGGAAGAUCCUGUCACAGACGGCACAUCUUCAAAGGAUGCUUCAGCUGACUGGCUCCAGAUCCAUGCAGCCAUCAACAAUCUUGCCAGUUGUAUCACCAUGGUCGUUUACGUGAUCGGUGCGAUUGUGAUCGUCUUUUAG